AUGACAUUUAUUUUCUGUGAUGGUAGAUCGACAUUCCGGACGUGUGGCUCGUGGUCCACUGGGGCGCACGGCGCUCUAUCCUGUCUUACUGGCAGAGCCGGUAGCGAUGGAGAUCCCGCUCUUGCUCUAGUUUUCGCGUACCCGCGGUCCAUAACGGAUUGCCAUGACGCUAUGCAUACCAUGGUGAAUGGGACGGAAUGCGUCAGGCGUACCGUUCUGAAGGAGCUAAGAACUAAAGACAUGAAUCCUAUUCCUGCCCAAGGCGAUGGUUGUCAAGAUGACACAUGUAGGACAUAUCCGUAUAAGGUGUCAGAGAAUGGGCCGUCAGACGAAUGGUUCCGAAAAUUGUUUGCGCGCAACCCGGAACUUCAGGAACGGACGCCCGAGAGUUUGGAUCCGGCACGUUCCUCAAUGUCGAGGGAGGAUGUCAUAUACCCAUUCUUUGACUUUCUGGACAAAACCCUCACACAGUAUGGUGUAAAAGAUAAACCAUCACAAAUAUUCAACUGUGACGAGACCGGUUGGUCGGGAAAAGAAAAAGCCAAAGAGAAAGUUAUUACUGGAAAAAGGGAGCACACCAUCAGCCGGAAAGUUAUGGGCGGUGGAGGAAACCAUAUAACCGCGCACCUUUGCGUUUGUGCAGAUGGGCGGUUUCUCCCUACAAUGAUUAUUUUCAAGGGUUCAUUGCCACACACGCGUUUUACCGACGGCGUGCCAGACACAUGGCUCUAUGGGAGCAGCUCGACGGGGUAUAUCGACCAUGAGUUGUUUCAAACAUGGUUCAUGAAAGGAUUUCUGCCCCACUGUGGGCGAGCAAGGCCGGUUGUCUUGAUCAUGGACAAUCAUGACGCACACAUUUCCCUACCAGUUAUUCAGGCGGCCAGGGCGAACGAUGUUGUGCUGAUCGGGUUUCCAGGCCAUACCACGCACAUCUUGCAGCCGUUGGAUGUGAAGAUAAUUGGCCCGUUAAAGACAAACAUGGCAUCACUUGCGUCUGAUCUGGGAAUUGUUUGCCCGUCCUUGACUAUAGGGAAAUCCAAAUACCCUGUUUUACUGAAGUAUGCGAUGGACCGCAUCACACCGUCUACCAUCAUAGGGGCUUUUGUCAAAGCUGGUAUCGUCCCACUAGACAGGGGAGCCAUAGACGAGUCCCAGCUUAUACCGGCGAUGUUUCCCGCUGUGCAAAAUAUUAAUGAUGACAACUCGGCCCAGACAUGUAAAGAAUGUGGACGUUUCACGGUUAACCCUCUUGUCAAGGCCGGUCUAGUGCCUGAGUCACUUGCUGACAUUUUAGUUCCACCAGCGUCAAAACCUGCAGCUCAACGAAAUAAAAGAAGAAUAGUUACCGAGGGACGAGUAAUAAGUGGUGACGAAAUACUGAAGGAGUUAAUGGAACGAGAGAAAGCUUCCGCCGAGAAAGACCGUCGAGAUGCGCAGCGAGCUUUGGAAGCCGACGAAAGGAAAAGAAUGAAAGAGCAGGGAGAAAUUGAAAAGAUUAAGAGAAAAGAGGAACGUGUUGAAAAGCGAUUGGCCAGGGAACAGGAACAGAAGAAAAAAGCGGACGAGAAAAUGGAUAGAGGGAAACUUGCUAACAAGAAGUUUACGUGUGGAGUCUGUUGUAUGAGAGGGAGGGUGUUGGAUGAGAGCAAGGGCAUUGUGUGGUUCGGGUGUGAUGAGAAAGUGUGUGGCAAAUGGUACCAUUUUGAAUGUUUGCAUCGUAGCGAGCAAGAAUACUUACGAGAGAGUAUGGAAGAGGGAGAAAGCUGGUAUUGUAAGGCAUGUAAGCCAUGGCUGUAUUGUGAAGAGUGAAUGGCUGUGUCCCUUGUGUUUCUCGUGCACGAGAUUCGUGUAAGCUGCUUUUGACGUUUGUGAUGUAUUGAUUAUUAUAAAACCUUAUGUAUUGAAUGAAACACGUUUUUGGUAUUAAAUAAUCAUCAUAUUAUAAAUAAUACCAAUGCAAUGAUAA